CGGUUGCAUAACGGACUGUUCCGCAGCACACCGCACUGCGCUGCGGCAAUUAACGAAUUCUUACGCAAUUUAUUGCAUCCGCCUGUGUGAUUUCCACAGGCCCUGUCUCUGUUUCUUCCUGACGAAACCACCCAUGUUGUCUUUAAGUGCUCGGCGUCCCAUACACCUGUCAAUGUUCCAACGCACAGGCAGCAUUGUGCGUCGUUCUGCGCUUGGCAGCGUUUUUCGCCGCGGCAUUUCCAUCCAACCGAUGACGCCUCAGGAAAACGCCGAAGAACUGGCUCAACAGCGGGUCCACCGACCCAAUUCUCCUCAUUUGACUAUUUACCAACCCCAGCUCACCUGGUACCUGUCCAGUGCCCACCGAAUUACCGGUGUCGCUCUUUCAGGGACACUAUAUCUGUUCUCUACCGCUUACCUUCUCGCUCCUGCCUUCGGCUACGGCUUCGAUUCGAACAUGAUCGCCCAUGCAGUGAGCCAGGUCCCUGUCUGGCUCAAAGUCCCAGCUAAAUUUAUUGUCGCGUAUCCACUAGCAUUCCACAUGUUCAACGGUUUCCGCCAUUUACUGUGGGAUUCCAUCCACGAGCUGACCUUAAAGGGCGUGUAUCGAACCGGCUACUCUGUGCUGGCGCUUUCUGUUCUCACAGCGGCAUAUUUAGCUCUACUGUAAAGUUGGUUUAAGGACAUUUCCUUGACCCUCUGUCGCUCCAUCGCUACGUGCUGCGACGACAAGGACCACUACGACGACUACGACUACUAAUGUAAUGAUUGCAAAUGCCACAGAUACAAAUUGCUUGAGUUGUUUUCUUUUGGGAUCGGCUCCCUAUUGCAAUUAAGGUUACCCCACCGGGCACCCAUCCCCGCGCACUUCUCGCUACAGAACGGCCCCGCUCCACUUUAUUUAACAUCCGUCGAUCUCUGACAGAGCCCUGCCAUUGCAUUAACCUAUCUAACGGUAACGACGAAGAGAAAGGGUGUUGUGACGCAACCAGGUACGGUGUUGAGGGUUGUGGUUGUGACGGUGACCCUUGCCAAUACCACGGGACUUCUUGCCAAUGGAGGUAAGACCACGGGCCUCACGGUGCUUGUGAACGGCGUUGCAGAUCCAGUUGAUGCGAGGAUCACGACGGACGGCCUUGUGGUUGGGAUCGACAAGAAUGACCUCGUAGAACUUGUAGGUAGCGUCUUGGUUGACCCAGUAGGAGUUCAAGACACGGAGGUUGGCACAGUGACGACCAACACGCUCCUCAGCAGUGCAGCGGAGGGAGCGUUGGUACUUGAGCUCGCUGACACCUUGGUUGACGGGCUUGCCCAUAGUUUGACCCUUGGGGACAGGGCGCUUACGACCACCACGACGAACACGGAUGCGGUAAAUAACGUAACCUUGCUUGGCCUUGUAACCCAAACGACGAGCCUUGUCAGGGCGGGAGGGCUUGCUGGCACG